ACAGACUCGGAAAUACUCGAUCGUGCAGGGGUUUAUAGAAAGGUUAAAUCCGAUAACAAAACGUUUUAUUUUAUCGGCACCACGGUCGCACAGGUCCGGCUGGCAUGCCCCUGGACGUGACGGACUACACGUGGAGCCAGACGGACUCUACAAUCCACCUCAGCGUGCCCUUAAAAGGAGCGACGGUCCGUAAAGUGGACAUAGUGUCAACAGAGGAGUAUCUGAAGGUCCACUUCCCUCCGUUCCUGUUUGAGGCCUUCCUAUUUGAACCCGUCGAUGAUGAUCGAAGCACAGCAAGGAUUGGAAAUGGAGUCGCUGUUUUCACUUUACCAAAAAAGACAUGUAAAGUGUGGGAGCGUCUGAUGAUAACCACAGAUGAUAAAGAAACAAAGAAGGAGAUCAGGGAGAGAGCUCUACUGAAACAGCAGCAGAAACUUUCUGCAGAGUCAAAACAAAAAGGUGAAAAACAGCAAGCAGAGAAGAAAUAUGCUCUGGAGACCAUGAUGAAGCUGGAGAAGGAGGAAAGGGACAGAAUUGAGAAGAUGAAGGAAGCAGAGCGAGAGAAAACAACCGCAGAGCUGGCAGCGUGGCAGCUGAGGCAGAAACAGAAGGCAGAGGAAGCCCAACAGAAACAGAACCAUCAGAUUCAACAGGCGGGAAGCACAGACAUACCAGGAAACAGACUAACGGACAUCGUGAAGAACAAACAGGAUCACAGAAACUCCAAGACCAAGAAGAUCCAACCCCAGCUGCCUCCUCCAAGACGAUGUGGGAACAUUGCAGUUACGUUCACCCCUCGGGUUUUCCCAACAGCCCUCCGAGAGUCACUGGUUCCCGAGGAGGAAGAGUGGCUGAAGAAACAAGCUGAAGCGAGGCGAGCAGUGAGUGCGGAGGUGGAGGAGCUCCAGGACCUGACAGAGGAGGAGAGGAACCAUGACUGGCUGAAACAAAAAGGCGACAAGUGUUUUACAAAUGGAGACUAUGUGGGAGCGGUGAAUGCCUACAGUCUGGGGAUCAGACUCAACGGGAAGAUACCUGCUCUGUAUUCAAACAGAGCUGCAUGUCAUCUGAAGUUAAGGAAUCUGCACAAAGCCAUCGAGGACUCCUCUAAGGCACUGGAUCUGUUGACUCCAGCCGUGCCUGCCAACUCUGCAGCCAGAGUCCGAGCCAGCAUCCGGCGAGGAUCCGCAUUCUGCCAGCUGCAGCUCUACGCUGAAGGACUACAAGACUAUGAAGCAGCGCUGAAGAUCGACCCUCACAAUGAGGCGCUGCAGGAAGACGCCCAGAUAAUCCGAGACAUCAUCCAAGGUUCUGCAGGACAAAAUGAGACACAGUGACACAAAAGAGACAAGUCAAAAUCACCUGGAACAGUGAGACUAAUAGCAUAUUUAUGAAUUAACAGUUCAAAGCAUAAUUGAAGCGUCUACAGAUCCUCAAAUGCUUUAUUUUCAACUGAAACGAUGUCAUUCAGGGGUUAUUUGAAUGAUUUCAGAGAUUAUGUAUUUCUUAAAUAAUCUUUUGUACCCGAUUAUAAGACGUUUGAUGCUCAGUCAAUUUCUUUCAUUUCUAAUCUAACAGCCUCGGGGAAGCAUCUGUGUCUGUAAAUGUCUUGCUUUCUUCCAUCAGAACCAGCAGAUAAUCUGCUUUGGGAUAAAAUAUUGUUUAAGUAAUACAUUUUGUAUUGGAACUGAAGGUAUGGCUGUAACUUGCAUUUAAGAGAAAUCCUUUUCACAUGUGGUAUGUCUUAAUUUGAUUGUGUUGUAAAAUUUUGUUGUUUCUAUUCCUUGUGCGCCCUCAUGUGUUCACAGGCGGUUCCUACUGAAGUAAAACCAAACAUCAUCAGUUACCUGCUCAGGACAUGAUUAUAUCUGGAUCAAACUCAACCUAAGUCAUCACUGUUAUUUAGGAAUUUUGACCCAAGGUGUUCUGGGACUUUGACUGGGCCAUUGCAGCACUUUUGUCCUUUUGCUGUGUGUCUGCUGUUGUGUUUGGUAUCAUUGCCCUGUUGAUGAACCGGUUUGGGCCAGGUUUAGAUGGCUACAUAUUUUAAUUCUAUGACAUUGGACUCUUUGACUACAAGAUGCCCAGAUCCUCUGUCUGCAGAACAUGAAGAAAUCAUCAUACCUCCUCCACUAUGCUGGACUAUUUUGAUGAGGUUUUUGUGCUGACUUAGGUUUGUUUUCCUUGGAACAGGGUGUUGUGCAUUAUUGUCAUGCAUCACAACUCUGUUCUCAUCAGUCAUUCAGGUGUUUUGAAAGUUGUUGCUACAGAACAAGCCCAGAUUAUGAGCCCUUCACCACCGUGCUUCACAGUUGGGAUGAGGAAUUGGCUGAAACGUGUUGUUGGGUAAAUCUCAACUCAGCGGCACGUGUUUUCUGUGACCUCAGCUGAAUGCAUCAAUAAACACACUAAACAAGA